GACGAAGAUUGGUGUUCCGGUUUGUAUUCCGUCACCGAUCUCGACUUGAGCCAAAACAGACUCACUCACCUCCCGUCGUACGCAUUCCGCUGCGCCAAAGCGCUGACCAAGCUGAACCUGCGCGACAACCUCAUCGAAACCGUCGACACGCGCACGUUCGACACCGUCUUCAACUUGCAGCACCUGGACCUAUCCAACAACAAACUGCGACAAGUCCCCAGCAACAGCUACGACAACUUGUGCAGCGUCCUAACCCUAAACUUGGCCCACAAUCUCAUCGUCUCCCUAAAUCCACUCUCCUUAAUCGCCUUUCGAGGACUGAACAAGCUGGACCUCUCCUACAACCAAAUCGAGAUCAUCGAACCCGACGCCUUCCUCGCGAACCACAAACUCGUAAGUCUCAGCGUCAGCUUCGGCUGCGUCAAGGCGGCCACCUCCUGGAUCGCGUCCACCAACUUAGUGGACGGAGCGAAGAAACCGGGAAGCGCGAUACAUUUACCGGAACAGUUGAGAAACUUGGCGAGGAUCGAGUUCGACAGCUGCGGAAUGACGCACGUCGACAUCGACUGCAACCUGAACACGUCGACCGUCGCGAAACUCGUCGACGAUUCGAAGACUGACGCCUGGACGACGAAGACCGAUGAUGAUAUCGCACAAGUCAAACAGUCAAUUACACAUUUUAUUCAUUAAGUAUUUUUAAGUUACAAGAUAUUUUUUAAUAAAGUAUUAUUCUACAACCAGAAA